GACUAAAAAAAGGUUAAUUGAUUGAAAAAAUGAUGGUGUUCAUCGAAUCGGUUCAGCCUGUUGAGACCGUUGUUGUUGGUUAAACCAUUCCGUUUCCCGUCAAAAGCGUCGUCAUUAGGAGAAGAAGACACUUUUGAGCACUAAUAGCAAUUAACAAAUGGCGCCCCGAGAGUGAGGCGAAGCGAGCGAGAGUCUGCGAUCUGAGUUUCAUAUGCUGCAAAGAUGAUCUCCAAGAUUCGAUUUUGAUGGCACCGCGUGUCUUCGUUUAAUUUCUUCAUCGCGUUCGUCACCGAAAAUAUAUGAUUGAUAGGUAUUUUCUUCCAAGACAUAUCAAGUGCUAAAUGGCCAGCAGAAGCAUACCGCUAGUUUUGCGUGUGUGCCAGCGACCAUUAUGUUACUGCAUUGUCUGUGCAAUACUCCUGAUUCUUCCGUAUCUCUUCUCCUCGAGUUAUGGCGGCAAAUCUGUCAUCAACAAUGCCUUGCCCCCAAAAGAGGGCUUUUCCGUUUCCAAGAACCCUAGCGCUCGAUCUAGGGAAUAUGAAGUGAACAAAGAGCUUGACCGAUGUAUUCCAAGCAAAGCACUCUUGAAAGUUUUCAUGUAUGAUUUGCCACCUGAGUAUCACUUUGGAAUGUUGGGUUGGAAAGGCGAUGGCAAGAGUGUUUGGCCAGAUAUUCGCUCCAAAAUUCCAAGCUACCCUGGAGCACUGAAUCUUCAACACAGCAUUGAUUACUGGCUCACAUUAGAUCUCCUGUCUUCGACAUUCCCUGAUCGGAGUGGCCCAUGCACUGCUGUGAGAGUUAAGGAUUCUCAUGAAGCUGAUGUCGUCUUUGUGCCUUUCUUCUCUUCUUUGAGCUCCAAUCGGUACUCAAAGAUCCAUCCACCAGAAACCCAAAGUAUCAACCAGCUGUUGCAGCAGAAGUUGGUGAACUAUUUAACAGCUCAAGAGGAGUGGAAAAGGUCAGGCGGUAGAGAUCACAUUAUAUUGGCGCACCAUCCGAACAGCAUGUUAGAGGCUCGGAUGGAUCUGUCACCAUGCAUCUUCAUUCUUUCAGAUUUUGGGAGGUACAUUCCUCAGGUAGCCAAUUUGGAGAAAGACAUAAUUGCUCCUUACAAGCAUUUGAUCACCACAUUCAUCAACGAUUCUUCUGGAUUUGAUGGUCGCCCAACCUUACUCUACUUUCAAGGAGGUAUCGACAGGAAAGGUGGAGGUCUAGUUAGAAGAGAACUGUUCGAUCUUCUCAAGGAUGAAAAAGAUGUGCACUUCGCAUCAGGAAGUCUCCGUGAGAAUGGAACACUCGAAGCGAGUCAAGGGAUGCAUUCUUCAAAAUUUUGUCUCAAUAUCGCUGGGGACACCCCAUCUUCCAACCGGCUAUUCGAUGCCAUAGCGAGCCAUUGUGUUCCUGUCAUCAUAAGUGAUGAUAUUGAGCUACCGUAUGAAGAUGUUCUUGACUAUUCCAACUUUUGCAUCUGUGUUCCGACAUCGAAUGCAACAGGGAAAGGUUUCCUCAUCGAGUUGCUUCGAUCUGUGAACCGAGAGGAUUGGACCCGGAUGUGGAAAAGGUUAAAGGAAGUGGAAGGCUACUUCGAGUACCAGUACCCUUCUAAGAAGGAUGAUGCAGUUCAGAUGAUAUGGCAGGCAGUGGCCCGGAAGGUGCCGGCAAUCCAGCAGAAAGUACACAAAUCACAACGAUUCUCACGGUUCGACAUGGCAGAUAGUGAGAAGUCUGAAUUGUCGGAGGAUGAUCAGGUAGAUUCGUAGUUACAGAUUCUUCCUCUGUCUCCUCUAGCAGUGCAGCAAUAGAUUCCUGAAAUUAGUUCAUGAAUGAGAUGAAUUUUGCUUAUAAAAUUUGGGAAUUAGUUUUGUUGUUUUCUCAAACUGAGAAGACCUUAACAUAUUGUUUUUUUUUUUCAAAGCUAAAACAGAGUUGUAUGAUCGAUUCCAUUUUGCAAUGAAAGUUUAGUCUUUGAUAUUCUUCAA